UCUAAAUAUUUGAAAAUAUAUCACAACAUUUGACUGAUAACCAACCAUUUUAAUUUACUAAUUAUGCUUUAAUAAUAUUAUUUAAGCUACGACAUAAUAAAAUAUAUCAACUUUGAAAAUUAAUUAUUUUAGAACUUUAUAUUUAGUAUUUUGAAAGUUAUUGAUGUAUCUAGUGCUACAACAUAAAAACUUACAUCAUAUAUUCUAAAGUAACAAAUAAAUAAAGCCACUACCUCUACCAAUCAAGUCCCAAAGAUUACAAAAUCAAAAUAUUAUUUAAUAGUUCGGUAAUAUAUUUCAUAUAAUUUUAUCUUAUUUCAUAAAUGAUCGUAUUUGUUUUCUAAUUUUAGUUUUCAUUAACAUAAAUAUUAAAAUGAAAUUUUAAAUUAUAAAUCAAUAUAUACAUGCAUGCUUGUAUUCUAACCAAAACUAACUAUAUAAUAUAAUAUAUUUUAAUCAUCGAGCUUGAAGCGAUCGAUAUGUCGUAAAAAGAGCUUAGAUCGAGUGUUCUACACGACCACAUAUUAGUCAUUGUACACUUCAGAAAAUGUGUAUUAAAAAAUUAAAAAUGUUUAUAGACUAUACUGAAAAGGUACUAAAAAUAGUAAUUAUUUAAUUGACUCAGAUCUUUAAUUGACCCAACAUGUGUAUUCUGUAACGUACCGGACUUGAAAUCUCGAAUUCAAACCAGUUAAUAAUAAUCUUCAAAAAUAAGAAAGCGACAGCUGAAAAUUAAAAUAAAAAUUACCAAAAAUAAACAGAAAAGUCCAAAAAUAACAAAUACUAGCAAAAAAGAAAAGAAAAGAAAAGAAAAGCGAGAGAUCCGUGAUGCCCAAACGAUUCGCUAUUCCACGCGUCACUGUCUGCGACUAAAACCACGCGCUUCGCUGUUUACCGACUUUUAAUCUCUUCUCAUAUCUUCCCUCUCUUGUCUCCACUAUAAAAUCUCGUGGUUCCCUUCUUCCUUUUCUGCACCGAUACUCCCACGCUAAUUUCGAAAUUGCCACUGAUUAUUUAAAACGUACCAUCUAAACCGAGUAAUUAACCAUAACCGGUUAAGCUAUGGACGGUUUACUGACCGACGAGGAGAGGCUAACUCGGAGUGACUCGGUUGGUAAGAAGCGAGUCAGAGACGAGUUGGAUGAGCUAGUUAUCAACUCGCCUGAUGUAAAGCGGUUGAGAGACGAUUUGUUCGAUGACUCGGGUCAUGACCCAGCCACUCAAGAUCUCGACUCGUUGAUGAAGAGCUUCGAGGAAGAGUUGUCGAACACGACGACGGUGCAAGACUCCGGCGAGGCUCUGCCGGAUCUCGGAUAUCUUUUCGAAGCUUCCGACGACGAACUGGGUUUGCCUCCUCCGCCACCGCCACCGUCAACGCUUCUUCCUCCGUCGUCUGAGGAAACAAAGGAGACGGAGUUGGUACGAGCGUCGUCGGGAGUCGGCGAGCCUGUUACGGGUUUUGGAUCUUUCGAGCUGGAUGAUGGGCUGUUCGAAUAUUCCGAUGUUUGUUUAGAUUCCGGUGACCUGUUUUCAUGGCGGCCGGAAACUCUACCGGCGGAGUAACAAUGUUUGUGGAGUUUUUUUAAAAGCGGGAGAUGAAACGGUGGCGUUUUAAACUCGCUUAGUGAUGAUAUAAGAUCUCUAUAUUAUUGUAAGAUUUUAGGAUUAGAGAAAAAUCAAAGGCGUAGUGUGGGUUAAUGACUUAGAUUGGUAGUUCAUACCCGUCCUCUUUUUCCAGGAUCUGUUCUGUUGAUCUUGAAUCAUCUUCAUCCUGUGUGUUAGCUUUUGUUAAUGUUUAAACUAAAGUAUUAUCAAGAGUUUAAUCCCAGAUAUUAGAAUCUGUGUAUAAGUAAAAUGUUCAUAUUAGAUCUUUUUGGUUUAUGUGUGUGACAAUGUUCAAAUUUUCAUAUCAGAAGCUAAUAUAAAGUUCACAAUUUUUCUU